AUGGGCAAGAAGCACAAGAAGCACAAGGCUGAAUGGCGCUCGUCCUACGAGGAUUAUGCAGAUGCUCCACUGGAGAAGCCUCUGAAGCUGGUGCUCAAGGUGGGCGGGAGCGAGGUGACCGAGCUCUCAGGCUCAGGCCAUGACUCCAGCUACUACGAGGACCGGUCAGAUCACGAGCGGGAGAGACACAGAGAGAAGAAGAAGAAAAAGAAGAAGAAGUCAGAGAAGGAGAAGCAUCCAGAUGACGAGGAGAGGAGAAAGCGGAAGGAGGAGAAGAAGCGGAAGAGGGAGAAGGAGCACUGUGACACAGAGGGAGAGGCAGAUGACUUCGACCCUGGAAAGAAGGUGGAGGUGGAGCCACCCCCAGAUCGGCCGGUGCGAGCUUGCCGGACACAGCCAGCGGAGACCGAGAGCACGCCCAUCCAGCAGCUCCUGGAGCACUUCCUCCGCCAGCUGCAGAGAAAAGACCCUCAUGGGUUUUUUGCUUUUCCUGUCACGGAUGCAAUCGCUCCUGGAUAUUCGAUGAUAAUAAAACACCCAAUGGACUUCGGCACGAUGAAGGACAAGAUCGUGGCCAACGAGUACAAGUCGGUCACAGAAUUCAAGGCAGACUUUAAGCUGAUGUGUGACAACGCGAUGACCUAUAACCGGCCUGACACCGUGUACUACAAGUUGGCCAAGAAGAUCCUCCAUGCCGGCUUUAAGAUGAUGAGCAAAGAGCGGCUGUUAGCUUUGAAGCGCAGCAUGUCGUUUAUGCAGGACAUGGAUUUCUCUCAGCAGGCAGCUCUCUUGGGCAGUGAGGACGCGGCCGUUGAGGAGCCCGUUCCUGAGGCUGUGCCUGUACAAGUAGAAACUGCCAAGAAGUCCAAAAAGCCGAGUAGAGAAGCCAUCAGCUGCAUGUUCGAGCCUGAGGGGAAUGCCUGCAGCCUGACAGACAGCACAGCGGAGGAGCAUGUGCUUGCCCUGGUGGAGCACGCGGCCGAUGAAGCCCGGGACAGGAUCAGCCGGUUCCUCCCGGGUGGCAAGAUGGGCUACCUGAGGAAGCUUGGAGACGGAAGCCUGCUUUACAGCGUGGUGAAUGCAGCCGAGCCAGAUGCCGAUGAAGAGGAGACGCACCCUGUGGACCUGAGCUCGCUCUCCAGCAAGCUGCUCCCAGGCUUCACGACGCUGGGCUUCAAAGACGAGAGAAGAAGCAAAGUCACGUUCCUGUCCAGUGCCAGCACUGCGUUGUCCCUGCAGAACAACUCUGUGUUUGGUGACUUAAAGUCAGAUGAGGCAGAGCUGCUGUACUCGGCCUACGGAGACGAGACGGGCGUGCAGUGCGCGCUGAGCCUGCAGGAGUUUGUGAAGGACGCUGGGAGCUACAGCAAGAGAAUGGUAGAUGACCUCCUGGACCAGAUCACGGGAGGAGACCACUCGAGGGCGCUCUUCCAUCUGAAGCAGAGAAGAAGUGCGCCCCCGAGGCCUGCAGAUGAAGUAAAGGCUGGGGACCCGUUGGGGGACGGCGGCUCUGUCCUGGACUUCAUGUCAGUGAAGUCAUAUUCCGAGGCUUCUCUGGACAUGUCCAUGCUCAGCUCUCUGGGGAAGGUGAAGAAGGAGCUGGACCCCGAUGAUGGCCACUUGCACCUGGAUGAGACCACGAAGCUGCUGCAGGACCUGCACGAGGCGCAGGCCGAGCGAGGGGGCUCCCGGCCGUCCUCCAACCUCAGCUCCCUGUCCAAUGCCUCCGAGAGGGAGCCGCACCCCCCGGGGAGCCCUUCUCACCUCAGCGUUGGGGAGCAGCCGGACGUGACCCACGACCCUUACGAGUUUCUGCAGUCCCCAGAGCCCACUGCGUCCGUGAAGAACUAGCUCUCGGUAGUCCCAGGCCUUUUGCUCCAGUUUUGCCUGUGUCUGUGGUUUCUGCCAUGAGACAGAGACUUUGACCUUGUCCCCUUGUGUGUAGGCAGUGGCCUGGGGUGGGGAUGCUCUUCUGGGCUGUCACGUCAGUGGCACAGAGGCCCAGCAGCCCUGGCACAGCCCCGAGUCCCGAGCGCCACAGGAGCUGAGGUGUGGGGUAGAGCGCUGAGUUGAGGGCCUGCCCCGCCGUGUGUCAGGUGCCAGUUUGUGCCCACCAAAGCCCAGCCCCUGUGCCCCUGAGGGCUGCUCAGGGCUGGCUGGGCAAGGCAGCGGGACCUCCCAUGUGAUCGCCAGACCUGAGCCUCAUAGCCCCUGGAAGAGGGCGAGCUGUCCUCUGGGCAGGAAGGUCAGCCAGGAGACGUCUGGAGUUGAGCUUCUGCUGAGCCUGUCGCUGCUGCAGAGUACUGUACACAGCCUAAUAAAGGACUUCUGGGGUGCCGGGCGA